AUUUUUCAAAAUAUGAGAAAAUCAUACAAUGACAAUGUUUUAAUUGGACCAACUGUUUGGUCAAUCCACAAUUUAAUAUUUCCAAUUUCAAUGGUUCAUAAAAUCUAAGGGUAAAAAUAUUUAUCAAAAAAACAAACAAAAUUCACAUCACUGUUAACAUUUGUUUCGUGUGAACUUUCUUCUACCGAAAUCUGCAGUCUUAUAAUUUUACCCAAAGAAUAAAUGUACAGAAAAUGAUUCACAUAGGUUGUGUUAUCUCUCUAAGUCCCUUGGGAUAAAAAAAGGCUUUAUAUGUCAGAAAUUGUAAUACCAGGGUUCAACACUGGAGGGAGGCUCCAUACAACUCAACAUUUAGAUGUAGACAACAACGAACAUAACUGCUAAAGUUUCUAAAGGGUUUAGAAUGAAAAAUAAUUGCAUACAUUUUGUUUCAGUCUUGAAUGCAUGCAAUGUCAUUUUAGACCAGUAGAAAAUAUUCAAUAAAUUACACAGACUUGCUAAAGCAGAAACUCAGGGCAAAAAAAUCUUUGGUUGAGAGAUGUUGAGCAACAUGUAAGCUACAUUUUAAAAGCUUUGGGAACAAUACGUAAGCGUAGGUCAUCCAUGAACUUCUCCAGUUUCAAUCAUGUUUACCCACAUCAUUAUUUGUUUCUCCUUUAUCAUCCCUAUUUACAGGCACUUUCCUAUUCUCAGUCGCCCUGUUACAGUUUUAACACUCAUGACGUCUCACACAGCGUAGGUGGCCUCUCUUCCUUUCCUUGCACCCUGCCUCUCCUCCCCAACCCCCCUUCCGUGUCCAUAGUGUUUGUGGGGCAUGGUGAUUUCGCAAGUGGGAGGCUCGUAAAGGCCUGGCCGGACUACCGGGCAGUGUGAUGGAUGGAGGGAAGGCCGCAGAAUCCAUUUACAUGAGAACAGAAGCCGGGGAGCUUCUGAAUAGAGGGGCUUUCAAUCUGCUUGUCAUUGAAAAAGCUUAAGAACUUUCUCCAGCGACUAACCAACCCCCUCCUCUACUGCCUCUCUCCCUCUUACUUUCUUCUUUCUUCUCGACCCCCUUUUUCCCCCUCGCUGUCUCCCUUGCUUUUCUUCCUCCCCGGCUUCUGUCCAUCUCUCUUUCUUUGCUCUCAACUAACCCCCCUCCUCUCUUCAUCCCUCCUCUCUCUUUUAUCUCCGACCAUCCAAUCUGUCAUUUUGGAUAUCCGCGUCUCUCUCGCAUGUAUGAUGUUUGGCUUUUUUCAGGCUUUCUCUGGACUCUCCGGCUCUCUAGCGAGGCCCCCACUUAAAUUUUGAUUUGAUUGUCGACACAACACCAGGAGACAUCAAUGUGUUUCCUCUCUUUAUUCUCUGGCCCUUGCUUAUAAUGAGACUGAUCCCAUACAUGAGAAUGACUCAUGCACAAUAGCCCCGGCACACUCCAUAUUCAGCCUCCACAUAAAGUAAGGUUAAUUGUAUAAUAAGUGUGUGACAAUGGCCCGAGUCAAUAUUGACGCCGUACAGUGGUGUUUGUAGCGUUGGGCCCCGAGCCAGCAGAAAAUGGGAGCUCGCACGUCAUGUGUGAGAUUUUUGGCAUUUUUCUGCCUAAGGUAAUACCACUUGUUGCUCAUCUGUACAAUUGCGUAAUGAGAAAUGGGCCAUUGGUUUAACUUGUUUGACAUGUCAUCGUACCUGAUAUGACAAACUAAUCCAAUAGGAGAUUCAGGUUUUACAACAUUAGGCGUUAACAUUUUUUACGCCUUACGACUCAAAAAAUCACGUCUUACGUCUUACUCGAAACAUAUUUAAUAGCAAUGUAUUUUUUGCAGUUUUCUGACCAUUGAAUAGAUUAAAGAACUCUUAAGUAGCUGUUGCUCAAGAAUUUGUCCUUCAUAGACGUGAGAACGUUUCUCUCACUUUAAAAUCUGUGACUUAUACAAAGUCAGUACACUGACAAAUUUCAUAAGUAGACAUGCUGCUGUAAGCUGUUACAAGAACCCAAAUGAAGUCAUUCUUUUAAACAGCUCUAUGUAGCCCUUAUACAUUCAGCUGAUGUGUUAUUACAAGCUGAACUCAGAGGGGGGGAGGUCAUUGUCACACUUGUUUCUGAUGGUCAGUCGUAGUGGCUGUGUUUGGGGAUACAGGAGCACAAUAGAUGUGUGAAGUGAUGCCUAUAGAAACUAAUGUGUAUGACUUGACUGGGUGAUAAGGAGUAACUACUCACACCUGCAGUCAUUAGAGAGAUGGCUCACUGGGGUCGAACACAUCUAACGCAGGACAGCUAAUAAAAAUGAGGGAAAAUGUUUUUUACCAACUACUACAAAAACAUUCCCUAAAGCAAAGUGCUUUAAAGUCAAUUUGCUGUAAUAAAUGUAACAUCAGAUAGACAAAACAGUGCGUUUUGCAUGGUUCAUGCAGGCCACAAUAUUUAUAUGACUAAAGUUACACAAAAAAAGAAGUGUUAGUUCAGGUAGAAAAACAGUCCCACUAUUACCACUGCUGCUGUAACACGUUUAAGGUUGAUUUAAAGUGUUUAAUCUUCACACUAGCCCAACAAACUCCAAAAAGGUAAACAACCAAAAUGUUAGUGUUUGUUGAUGCAGUGUGAGCUAGCCUUAACAGUGUGUUAAAAACAUAAAAUAACAGCAUUUUAUUUAUCUGUCAUAAAUACAAAAGAAAAAGUCUCCCUCCUCAACAUAAAUAACAUUACUGAUGUUGCCUUUUUCAUUAAGCAGACAUUUCUAUUCAAAGUAAUUUACAAAUGAUACAUUGAUCCUCAUUUUAAAAUAAGAAACUUGGUAUCAAGAUGUGGGGAAAAAAUGCUGAUGUUAUUAAAUGAUGCGGUUUAUGUAAGUUUUGCUUCCUUUAAAUUGUGUCAAGUAGCCUACUUUGUGUCAUAAUCCAACUAAUCUGAAUUGCAAAUUAUGUUCCACAACGUACUGUAACUUUAGAAAUAGAAACAGUUACAAAUGGUUUUAACAAAUUAAAAUUAGUUUUACUGUAGAAACCUAACAAGCCCUUAACACUUGGUCUGCUUGGGCACACUUAACAUUUGUUCAGGGUGCAAAAUUAAGAGGCCUUGGGCAAAAAAAGUGAAAGUGACAAACAUAUUCUUAUAGGACCAAAUCCACAUCACAUAAAAUCCAAGAUGAAUUAUUUGAUAUACUUCUGAGAUAUUAUACAUUUCUUUUUAUGUUUAGGCGUUGUUUUUCUGAAUAUUUUAAAUUAAAGUAUUACAUUUAAGAAUUUUAUAAAUAGAAGUUUUUGAGGAAUGGGUUUCAGUACAUACUGUUGUAUGGUUACAACGUUUUCUCAUUAUAUGUUCAUCAAGAUGAUUUCAGAAAGAAGUAAAUACAUGCAAUGGAAAGUUUUUACUUCACGGUUAUUGUGCAUUUGUAUAUUGACAAACAUGAAUGUAUAUAGUGUCCUUUUUAGCACUUUUCAUAUAACUUUACAAACAUCUAAUUCGUAAAAUGUAUAAAAUGACCAAAGUAAAUAUAAAAAGUUAUUUGUAACCUCAGCGUAUAAAAUUUGCAGGUGAACACAGAAACUCUUCUUCUCCCCCUAACUGAAUCCUCCUCCUGCUCAUGGUCUCUCCACAUUCACCGCACCCCUUCUUUAGUGAUGCUAAUGUGGAGAGAAAGAAAGCAGCUGUAGGCGGACAGUGAUGAAAUUCUAUUAUCACUCAAGGACUGAAAGAGUUGCGGGCAAGACGCAGAGUUUGAGCACGGACCUGUUUGUGUUUUAGGACAAACUCAAGGCAUUUCAGAACGCGUUGACUGUUGUUGGUCAUCUAAAAGUAGUUGUUCCUUACACUUUUGGUUAGUUUUCUUUAGCUGUUUGGACUUAUGUGUCCAUAAAACAGGUGCGUAAACUUUUAAAUUAGGCGGGCACUGAAAGUAAGUGGAUUUGAUUUUAAGUCCGUUUGAAGUAGACGGUGAUACUUUAGUAUCACCUCCCGUCUUUUUGAUCAGCUAUGUACAGCAUGCUGGAACACGACAUGAAGUCGUCCGUGCCGCCGACGCACCAGAGCGGGCAGGGAAUGACACAGUUGAACGGUGGAGUUACGCACGGGGCGACUCAUGGAUCCGCCAAACCGGGUGUCAACAACCAACAACAGAGCGUCGAUCCUAUGGACAAAGUUAAACGGCCCAUGAACGCUUUUAUGGUCUGGUCUAGGGGUCAGAGGCGCAAGAUGGCACAGGAAAACCCUAAAAUGCACAACUCCGAGAUCAGCAAGCGCCUGGGCGCGGAGUGGAAGCUGUUGACCGACGCAGAGAAACGGCCGUUUAUUGACGAGGCCAAGCGACUUCGUGCAAUGCACAUGAAGGAGUACCCAGAUUACAAAUACAAGCCCCGUCGUAAAACGAAACCGGUUCUGAAGAAGGACAACCCGGCUGCUAAGUAUCCUCUAUCGGCCGGCAACUUGUUGGCGGCGGCCGCUGCGCAAGGAUCGGGAGGAAGUCCGCGGAUGGAUAGCUACGGCUGGGGUCACACAGGUGGCUAUGCUGGGAUGCAGUCUGAUGCCCUGAGUUACAGUCAGCAGCUGCACCGCUAUGAUUUGUCUGCCCUGCAGUAUCCGUCUGCCAUGGCCACGGCACAAACUUACAUGAAUGGCGCAAACUCCUACAACCCCAUGUCUUACAGCAGCUCUCCACAACAGCCCAGCCCGGUCAUGUCCAUGGUGAAACAAGACCAAGUGUCCCACUCACCCACCGGAUCCCACAGCCACCAGCGGGGUCCUUUACAAGGUGACCUGAGGGACAUGAUAAGCAUGUAUAUCCCGGGUGGAGACAACACAGACAGUGGAGCACAGAGAGGUUACUCCAACAUCCAACAGCAUUACCUCACUGGCACAGCACCUCUCACUCACAUCUGAUCGGGAAUUGAUUGUCGUGGGCCAUCGAUGUGGGCUCACAUGACUCAAGGUUCUGUAGAUGUAUGAACAUUAAUGGUGAGCUUGAAAGGUUAAAAAGGAUGAGGGUGUGCGGACACGGUCGAAAUGGAAGACCCGUGGCAGCUGGACUUGUUGAAGUGCCUGAACAUUGUGUGAAAUGCGUUUCACCCAAAGGUCCAUGUUUUUGAUUUCUAUAUAGUGGUAGAUAACGGUGGCAUUAACUGUGGCCUGGUGCACUGUUGUGAAAUUGCUAGUUGAGUAAAAACAUGGCAGAUUCCUUUCUGUAAUCGAUUGGUCAUUGGUUUUAACUAACCACCUGACUGGUUGAUUACUGGUUAUUUGCAUAGUCAAAACCUUACACCAGCUAGUUAAUAUUUCAUUGAAUACUGAUUUCAAAGGCAUGACUGUAAACACUACAUAGUGCAAGAGGGGAAGAAACUGAGCACACAUUCCCUUGGUCGCUGCUUAUCCUCAUCAUCUAAACACCUCAGAACAAAUCACCCACAUUUUACUUUUAGGAUUUCAUACCAUAAGACUCAUUUGACUCAUUGUGCUGCUCUGCAUUUUUUAGUUAACGCAAAAAUUUUAAAUGCACAACGGUGUAGACAUUUUUGUUUUUCUACGUUAGUAUAGAUAUAUUGUGCCCUGAGUUUCAACAGAUUUUUGUUGCAUUAAAAAAAUGAAAAUGAAAUAGAGAUCCUGCUUAGAGGGAUUGGUCUGUAUUUUCUAUUAAAAAAAGAACAAUUAAUUCUCAACUCUGCUGAGAUAUAGAACAUUGUAAAUAGAAGUGUUGUGUAAAAAGGAGGGAGUCAAAACGUUUGAAUGAUGUUCAUUAAAACUAUGAGCUUGUUGAAACACUGUGUUUGACUAAGAAUGUAUUGUUGUAAAAUGUUUUCUCUUUUACUUUAAAGCCCUUAUAGUAAGGGUUAAUAAUCUUGUAUGUGACUGGACAACCUUGUUAGAAAAAACAACAAAAAUGUAAUAAAGUAUUUUAUUAUUUUUGUACA